CAUCCUUCUUAACACAUCUCUUCAUUUUUAAACGACAUGGCACAAGACGAAAAGAACAAAUUCGAUAUCAAAGCAGCAACGGUGAUCCUUGAGGAUGUCGUUAAAAAAACUCUCAAGGAUGCAGAAUACCGUCCCGACUUAGUUCCCGAAUGGCAAGCUACCAUUUAUCGAGAGGCCAUUUCCCGAUUGACACAACUCAAAGGCACCUUCAAGUACAUCGUAACAAGUACCAUACUCGAGUCUGUUGGAGCAGGUGUUCAUAUUUCUUCAACGAGUCUAUGGGAUGCAGAGUGUGACGGUUCCGCUGUUUAUCGCUUUGAGAACAAGACAUUGAUUGCCUUUGUGUACGCGUUCGGGUUGUCAGUGUAGAUAAAGGCAUCGUCAAGUAUAUAUUUUACAAUUAUUAACGUCAAAACUGAUGGGCUCAAAAUAAUAAUAAUAAUAAUAAUAAUUAAGCAAUGAAGAUACAAGGAAUAAAACCAAUCGCGC